AUGGGCUGCGGGGGCAGCCGCGCCGACGCCAUCGAGCCCCGCUACUACGAGAGCUGGACGCGGGAGACCGAGUCCACCUGGCUGACCAACACCGACUCCGAGAGCCCGCCGCAGGAGGGCGAGCCCGGCUGCCGGGAGCAGGGCGGCCCGUGGCCCGGUGUUCUGGAGGACGGAAAGUCAGUUCAGACAAGUGUUGCUACAGCAUCAGCCACAGCUGGAUCGCUGAACACCGAGAAGAGAAGCAACAGUGGUGCUCAGUGUGCAUUCCCCAUGGUGCAUGGCACAGGAGCUACAACACAGAGGCAGAAUGGCUUCAAAGCAGCAGAGAGUAAAUGGGACACACAGAAAAUGUCUGCAAAAGAAGUCACUAUUAAUGUUACAAAAAGCAUCAGACAAAGUGACAGAAGGAAAACAAAGAAUUGUGUCAAUUAAUGAAGCAAAGCACAAGUGAGGAUGGACCUAAUAAUGCUUCACUGCACUUUAAAUGCCAUCAGUUGCUGAAAAUAUGAAGAUCUCCAAAUAUUCCAUGUUGAAUACAGCAGGGAGCUGCUGCUGAGUGCCUUCAGAGACAUGUCUUGUAGAAACCAGCUGCAGACACUGUAGGAUGUUCAGAUGCCAUUUUUCGUAUGCCAAAAUUGAAGCCAUUUGGUUUUUACUAAGUCGUGUGUUAUCUCCUUGUGCAUGCCCUGCUCUGCAUUGCUAUUAGGAUGAGGCUGAGUGAUGAGAGGUACAGUUCAUUGCAAUUUAAAACAGGAAAUUAACAAAGGAAUCUGAAUUUUUAGUUAUAAGUGCUUUCAAGUGUGUGCAUUCAAACCCACAGAGUUCCUUUAAAGCACUCCCUUUCAUAAAACUCAAACCCAGAGGUCUCAGAGACAGAUAGGUGACUUCCACUAAAUUUCUUUUGAACUACCUAUAUUGGUUAUAUGAAGUUAAGUCAUAUAGUAAUCUUUUUUUAUAUCAAUCUUUUAAUCACUUAGCUUUAAUUUAUUUUCUGUGUUGACAUAAUUUAGAUCUUAAAACCAGUAACUUUCAUAUUGAUCAGUCUUACUUAAAAUUCCUGGUCUUAGCUGGCAGGUAAGGUUCUGGCUAGUUGGUUAUUUUAUACAUGCCCCUUUAAUUAUGUUGAGGCCCAGAUUGACUUGGAAAAAGGUGAUAAUUAACAUUACAUGAAAAUAACCACAAAUCUUAAAACCAUAUUUGAAUGACAGCUCCAAAAAUUAACUUUAUUUGAUCAGAUAUCAUUGAUUUGCUGUGAAGAACUUACUCAAUUGCAUUGUAAGCAUCCUGUAUGACAGUACUUCAUCUUUACCAUAAUUAUACAGCUAAAAGUAAUAGAAAUGUUCAGUGUAGUAAAGCCCAGGAAUUAAUUCAGCAUAGUACUUCUUAAUAUAGUAAUAAUAAUAUAUAUUCUUUGUGAGUUUGUACAUUUAUGAAGAUAAAAGAAGUAAAUUUAGUGGUCAUAUCAGUGAUACAUGAGUAAUGUUAGAAGGCCAUAACUAUUCAAGAGUUGUUCACAGGAAACAGGUGGUGUUGGGGAGAAGCUCCACAGAUGAACUGCAAGAAGUCCUUUUUAUAUGUAGGCAAAUAAGUAUAAAUAGCAUGAUGAGACUGAAUCCUAAUUUGUUCCAUAUUAGGAUAAUUUUAAUAACUUGCUGCUAGGUGUGUGAUAACUUAAUGCUUCCCUUGGAGCACAACAACUCUAUGCAAUAGGGAAUUGCUUAUUAAUUAUCCUGUCACAAAGGCAAACUGAAAUCCAGAGUCAGUGUGAGAUUUUUGCAUACAGUGGCAUAUUUAUAAGAAAUACUUAUUUUUAGAUGUCCUAAAUAGGGGCAAAGAACUUAUACUAAGCUUUCUGCAGGUCAUUGUGUUAACUGGUAAGUGAUCUUGUGCUGCAUGUUUACGUUGGAAAACUAAAAAAUACUAAAAAUAAUGUUGUAUGGGUUAGACAAUGGCAAUCUGUGUAUGUCCUUCCAAGUUGUGGCUCUCUGCCAACUUGCUGGCAACAUUAUAGUACAGGAAAGGACUUGACUCACUCUAACAAUAAACAGUAACUGUAUCAGCUCAGUAAUAUUAAUUCAGAAAUAGGCAUUUCUGGUGGCUGGGUACUGACCUAAUCAAAAGCACACAUUCAGGAUUCUGCAUUAUUUCUGUAGAGCAGAAGAUGAACCUGCUUCUGUUUCAAACGGUUUACUGGCAGAGAGUGCAGUAUAAACCCAUAUGAUACAGGCAUGUUACAGAAAGCUAUUAAUGAUGCUCUUGUGGGCCAUGAAGAUGAUCAAAGGGCUGGAGCACCUCUGCUAUGAAGACAGGCUGAGAGAGUUGGGGCUGUUCAGCCUGGAGAAGAGGAGACUCUGGGGAGACCUUAUAGCACCUUCCAGUACCUGAAGGGGCUACAGGAAAGCUGGGGAGGGGCUUUUCAUCAGAGAAGAUAGUGAUAGGACAAGGGGUACUGGUUUUAAAUUGAAAGAGGGUAGAUUUAAGUUGGACAUCAGGAAGAAAUUCUUCACCGUGAGGGUAGUAAGGUGCUGGAAUAGGUUGCCUAGGGAGGUUGUUGUACCCCCUCCCUGGAGAUGGUUAAAGCCAGGUUGGAUGAGGCUUUGUGCAGCUUGGUCUAGGGUGAGGUGUCCCUGCUCAUAGCAGGGGGGUUGGAACCUGAUGGUCUUUAAGGUCCCAUCUGACCUUAACCAUUCUAUGACUCUAUGAUCUUCAAGGAAGACAGAAGGGAAGGUUCAUUGUGUAAGAAGCUGUUUCACAGAUAGCUGCCUUGGGUGGAUAUCACAUAAGGAUGAGUAGAUGCAAGAACAAAGGAGUCCUGGCAGUGAGAUUAUUUACUAGCUAAGAAAUUAUUUUGCAAUUGUG